CAUAUGCUUAUUUUUUGAGUUGUUAAAGAAUCAAGACUUCUUCUAACCAAAUAAUAAAUUUAAUAAAAAAAGAGAGAGAGGCGCAGUAGUUCCAGCCGGUUCUCUCUUCUGUCUUCAGAGCUGGUGGCCCUCCCACCUGCUGAGCAGCUAGGAAGCUCCUGUCGGCGAGCUUGUAGGAGCUUAAAACCAUCGUACCCCUCAACUCUCACCAGAUGGGAAAAAUGGUUGAAGCUGAUCGCCCAGGAAAGCUCUUUAUUGGCGGCCUCAAUACAGAAACAAAUGAGAAAGCCCUUGAAGCAGUAUUUGGCAAAUAUGGACGAAUAGUGGAAGUGCUCUUGAUGAAAGAUCGUGAAACCAACAAAUCGAGGGGAUUUGCUUUUAUUACUUUUGAAAGCCCAGCAGAUGCUAAGGAUGCAGCCAGAGACAUGAAUGGAAAGUCCUUAGAUGGAAAAGCCAUCAAGGUAGAACAAGCCACUAAACCAUCAUUUGAAAGUGGUAGACGUGGACCACCUCCACCUCCAAGAAGCAGAGGCCCUCCAAGAGGUCUUAGAGGUGGAAGAGGAGAAAGUGGAGGAACCAGGGGACCUUUCUCACGUGGAGGGUACAUAGAUGAUGGUGGCUAUUCCAUGAAUUUUAACAUGAGUUCUUUCAGGGGACCACUUCCAGUAAAAAGAGGACCACCACCGAGAAGCGGGGGUCCUCCUCCUAAAAGAUCUGCUCCUUCAGGACCAGUUUGCAGCAGCAGUGGAAUGGGAGGGAGAGCUCCUGUAUCAUGUGGGAGAGAUAGUUAUGGAGGCCCACCUCGAAGGGAACCCCUGCCUUCUCGUAGAGAUGUUUAUUUGUCCCCAAGAAAUGAUGGAUAUUAUACUAAAGAGAGCUAUUCAAGCAGAGAUUACCCAAGCUCUCAUGAUACAAGAGAUUAUGCACCACCACCAAGAGAUUAUAGUUAUCGUGAUUACGGUCAUUCUAGUUCACGCGAUGACUAUCCAUCAAGAGGCUAUCGUGAUAGAGAUGGCUAUGUUCGUGAUCGUGACUAUUCAGAUCAUCCAAGUGGUGGUUCCUACAGGGAUUCAUAUGACAGUUAUGGUAAUUCACGUAGUGCUCCACCUUCCCGAGGGCCCCCAUCUUCUUAUGGUGGAAGCAGUCGCUAUGAUGAUUACAGCAGCUCACGUGAUGGAUAUGGUGGAAGUCGAGAUAGUUACUCAAGCAGCCAGAAUGAUCUCUACUCAAGUGCUCGUGAUCGGGUUGGCAGACAAGAAAGAGGGCUUCCCCCUUCUAUGGAAAGGGGGUACCCUCCUCCACAUGAUUCCUACAGCAGUUCCAGCCGUGGAGCACCAAGGGGUGGUGGCCGUGGAGGAAGCCGAUCUGAUAGAGGGGGAGGCAGAAGCAGAUAUUAAAAACAAAACUUUGGACCAUUUUUCUGUUCAAAGAAACAAAAGUGGAACUUAUUCUGUCAUAAUUACCCAAGGACUACUAAAAGAAAAAAAUUGUGUUACCUUUUCAAAAUUUUCCUGUUAAGUUCCCUUUUCAUAAUUAUGUUCUUGUGAGGAAAAGUAAAACAUGGUUAAUCUUAUGACAAGCAAAUGUUAAGUGUGUUAAGGCUUUAAGGAAAAAAUAAAAAUAAAAGACUUCUGUAGCUUUAGUGCAAGUUAGUUUAGGAAUUAGAAGGUUUUGGAAGCAUACACCCAAACUCUGGAUUUGAACUAUAUUAGACUUAUUUCUCUAUUCUUAUUAUGUUGAAUUUAGGUUAAGACAUAGGACAUACUAAAUGGUAAUACCAGAGCCAGGCUGGUGUGGCUCAAUUGGUUGAGCAUCGUACCAUGCACCAGGAGGUUGCUUGUUUGAUUCUCGGUCAGGGCACAUGCCUGAGU